GAGAUCAUCGAAGAGUUCUUGGAAGGUCUUUUAGACGGUUUCCGCAUGGCCGGCGUGGGCCACCGGGCCGCCGAGGCUCCAGCGCUACCGCCGCUGCAGGACCCUGGAAAUUGGCUCGACCUGGAUGCGGUGCCAAAGGCUGGCGCAAGUUUCGAGAGCAAGAAAAAAUUGCAGAAUCUGCUGUCCCGCAAGUCUCCAUCGCCUUCCCGCGGUCCGGCCACGGACGACGAUGCGCUGUCGGUGUCCUUGCGCCGGCACGCGCUGCGGGCAUUCUUAGAAGAGACCUGUGGAACCGUGGCGAAUGCCUUUGACAUCAUGGCAGGUUUGGCCUUGAAAGCCUCCAUGGGUGGCAGCGGUACCUGUGAUGAUCGGCUGCACUUCACCUUCCAUGAGGAGGACUUCCACUUGUCUCUGACACAUUUGGGCUAUGGGCUCGGUGCUAAGGAGCCUUGGUGGUCCGCUCUCUUCGCCGCCACGGAUGUGGAUGAAGACGGCGUGGUGUCCUUGCAGGACAUGUACGACGCACUGGUCCUGGCUUUGCCGAAUGACAAGGAGGCGCCCCAGGUCUUUUUCACCGAGCCGCACCAGAAAAACACCUGGUUGCGCGAGAGGUCGGAGCCAUCUGCACUGCAACGUCUUUCAUCGCCACAGCGAGAAAAAGAUGACAAGCCUGAGUUGGCUUUGGAGCGUGCCUUGUCCCAGUUUAUCAUGGAGGAAUAUCCAGAGGAGCUGCUCGAAACGGCUGAAGCCGUUCCUCCGCAAGAGGAGCCAUCUGCGCCGACAGCGCCGCCGACCCCUGCCAGGUUUCCACCAGCCACGGUGGCGCCGCCCGUUGCAGCCGCUGAACCACCGGGCAAAUUGACGUUGCAACUGGCGCCUGAACGACGCAUGACUGACUCUGAGAGCUGGGAACAACUCUGGGAGCAACUUCGGCUUCGAGGUUGGACCAUCGUUCUGGGACCUCGUGGGGACCGCUAUUGGCUGCCGCCUGGGGUGAAGCGAGAGUGGCCAUGGCAGAAUCGCAAGGAUUACUUCGAUUCCAAGAAACAGGUGCCAUCGCUAUUGAAUGCUAGAGGUAAAUGUGCCAUUAGCUGGAUCGAUUCCAUAGUUAUUUAUGUUAGUUUGAAACAUCGCUGGAAAAUCCCUCAUUUACCCUCUGGCAAACUAACAUAA